AUGGCUCCUCCGGCCGCUCCCGCUCCGCCGCUCAGCGCCCCCGCGCCCGGCUCGGCGCGCCCAUGGGCUCCGGGGUCCGAGUGCGGCCGCGCCCCCUGCUCCGGUCACGGCCUGGGCGCGCCGGGCGGUGCAGGGGGCGGCCGCGGCCCCUCCGCGCUCAUGCCCGGCCCGGCCGGCGAAUGCUGGGUCCGCGGCGCCGCGCGUCGGCUGCUGCUCCGCGGGCGGCGAGGCUGCUGCUCCGGGCCGCGCGCGAGCUCUGGCGCCUUCUCUCUCCCCGUCGGUCCGCCCGCUGGGUUGGGCUCGACUGAGGCACUCCGGCCGCAGCGGAGCCUGCGCUCUCCUCCUCCCGAGUCUCCUCCUCCCCGGCCCGCCGCCCUCUGGAGCCUCCGGGCCCCGCUGGCUCCUGCCCCUGCUCCCGGCGCGCACGUCACCGGCGCGAAGGGCAGAGGUCAGAGGCCGCGGGGAGGAACCCCUGUUGCUUCCGCCUCCCGGGGCGCAGGCGCGGGGCGCGGCGGGAAAGGGGCUCGGCACUGGGGGAACCCGGAGUCUCGGUCAGGGUAUCAGGGCUUCCUUCCCGGGUUCCUGCGGGAAAACUUUUCUCCUCCUCCCGGAAGCCUCGAUGGGGCACCCGUCCUGCUGCAGCCUGCCCUGAGCUCCGGAAGCUGGUGGUGCCCCUCAGUGGAUCUUCACCCACAGGAGCACCUGCUGCAGACCAGGAACAUAAACAGGAAAUGCUCCUUUUUCCCUGGCGGAUGUUGCGUUCCCUGUCUGGAUGCAAUGCCUGGUGCUCCACAGCCCUUUGCACCCACGAGAGAAGGUGGCCGGAAGAGCAUCUUCACUCUGGCCACCUGGGAAGAUGAGAAGAGCAGGAGUCCUCGGCACAAUCAGACAAUUCACCAAAACCCUGCUGCCCUCACCUGGAAUUUCCUGCUAUGAGAGAUGUCUUCAUUUAAACCACAUGAGCUGGAUUUUCUAACACAUGUCAGCAUCUUCGUGGUAAAUCUAAGGAAAAAAAAAUCAGAACUAUUAAAAAACAAAGUCCAACUCACCCCGUGCUAUGGUUUGAAAGUGUCCUCCCAAAUUCACAUGUAGAAAUCUAAUCCCAAAUACCUAAUCACUAAUCCCAAAUAUCAAGAGGUGGAGGCCUUGGGAGGUGAUUAGGAAUGGGAUUAGUGCCCUUUAAAACAGGUUUUUGGGAGCCUGCUUGCCCUUUCUGCCAUAUGAAGACGCUUAGAAGAGGCCUUCUGUGAGGGAGAGAACUUUUCUCAGAUGCCAGAUCUGCUGGGACCUUGAUCUUGGAUUUCUCAGCCUUCAGAACUGUGGGAAGCAAACUUCUGUGUGUAUGAAUAGCCAUCUAAAGGAUUUUGUUACAGCAGCCUGAGCAGACUAAGACACCCUGUGAGUCAGUUAUUUUUGGCUGUGUCAUGAGUGACCGCGAGUGCAGGAGCUGAAACAACAGUGAGUGGGUUACCAUCUCUCGGGACCCUGUGGAAUUGGCGACAUGGUGCUUCUGCUCCACCUGGUGUUGGCUGGGAUUCUCCUGCAGCUGCAUUCUUCUGGGGGCUCAGCUGGGGCUGGAAGGUUCCUGUGGCUCUAAUCACAUAGCUGGGAUCUUAGCUGGGGUGGUAAAACACUGGGGACAGGCCGGCCUUGCUGUCUGUCUCUCUGGCUUCUCAUCAUUCAGUGGUCUAGCCUGAGUGUUUACAUGGCAGCCCAGGAGGGUCAGUGUGGACACUAUACAGCCUGUAAGGCCUGGCUUUGGAAGUCCGAGAAUAUGACUUCUACCUUGUUCUGUUGGUGAAUAUAAAUUCCAAGUCCACUAGAUUCAAGAGAUAAGGACAUAGAUUUCACUUCUUAAUGGGAGGAUCCCAUGUACAACAGGGAUCCUUAUGAGGGAUUAUGAGAACUCCUCCUAAUCCUUAUGAGGGAUUAUCAUACAGGGAAUUUAUGGGGGAUUAUCUUUGGAAAUAAUCUACCAUAGACUGACUAAAUGAUAAUGUAAUGUG